UUGAUUACUUAACUAUGUUUUUAAUAAAAAUUAUUAUUGUAUUAAUUAUAUUUUAAUUUAAAAUUUAGGAAAUAAAAGAAAUAGGAAAGAACCAAAUGAUCUUAAAAAUUUCAUUGUCACUGCUAGCACUAGUGCACAGUACACAGAACCUACACAAAGCAAUGUACAGACAACUGAAGAUUUCUACAGAAUAAAUGCGUACUAUGUGAUUCUUGACACACUAGUUACAAAGUUAAAAGAAAGAUUUUCGAAUGAUAGUUUACAAAUGGGCAUAUCUGUUGAUAAUUUUUUUCAACUAAAAUUUGAAGAAAGUCAAUUUUUUAUUGAUCAUUAUCAAGGAUUAUUGGAUUUAUCGAAAUUCAAUAUUCAGUCAGAGAUGACCGUAGCAAAAAACAUCAUCUUGCAAUCAGGAAAUGAAAUAAAUUAUAAUACAAUAAAACAAAAUAUUUCUAAAAGUGUGUUUCCCAACUUAUACAAGCUUCUACAGGUAGCCAUAACUAUACCAAUCAGCUCGGCUACAUGUGAGCGAAGCUUUUCUGCAAUGCGCAAAGUCAAGACAUGGCUACGCACGAGUAUGCUGCAAGAAAAAUUUAAUAACUCUUCAAUAUUGCAUUGGAUACCAAAAUCAUUUAUAUCUUAUCUAAAACAUAGAAUAAAACUUUUAGAAACCGGUAUGAUCAAGACUCCUAUUGUAGGUUCUUUAACCUGA